AUGGAGGAAGCCCACCGGCGAAUCUCGGAGUACAUAAACCUCUUCUCCGCCGCCGUAUCCACCCAAGACGGCAAAUCCCUCAGCCACCUCUUAUCCAUCUCUUCAGAUUCUCCUCCUUUCAUCUACCUCGCCGAUGCCCUCAACACCUUCCUGGAAUAUCCCACUACAUUGAUAAACCAAUAUCCCGACGACGAAUUCGCGCGGCACGCGGGCAUAAUACUUCCCAUCUUCCAAACCCUCCAAAGUUACCGUCUCAGAAACUUUGUCCAUUCUUACCAGGCCUUCGAAAAGGCUGCCAAUUCUUUCAUCCAGGAAUUUCGGAACUCGGAAUCGGCUUGGGCUUUAGAAGCAGUCUUUGUACUUGUGUACGAGAUUAGGGUUCUUGCGGAGAAGGCUGAUAGAAAAGAAUUAGAAGCUAACGGGAAAGACCCGGAAAAGUUGAAAGCCGCCGGUUCACUUCUCAUGAAGGUUUUCAGUAUUCUUGCUGGAAAAGGUCCAAAACGAGUUGGAGCUCUGUAUGUGACUUGUCAGCUUUUCAAGAUUUACUUCAAGCUUGGCACAGUUCAUCUUUGUCGCAGUGUUAUAAGAAGCACUGAAACUGCUAGGGUUUUCGAUUUCGAAGAAUUCCCUGUUCAGGAUCGGGUCACUUAUAUGUAUUACACCGGACGUUUGGAAGUCUACAAUGAGAAUUUCCGAGAAGCUGAUUAUAGGUUGUCGUAUGCUUUGGCGCGUUGCGAUCCUCGGAAGGAAGCGAAUAUAAGGAAGAUUCUUACCUACCUUGUGCCUAUAAAGUUGUCUAUUGGAAUCUUGCCUAAAGCAUUGCUUCUGGAAAGCCAUGGCUUGAAUGAGUAUGUCGAUGUCGUGUUAGCCCUAGAACGAGGUGAUAUUCGGCUCCUUAGGCAUGCUCUCAGGGAGAAUGAAGACCGGUUCUUAAGAUCCGGAGUUUACCUUGUGUUGGAGAAGCUAGAGCUUCAAGUUUACCAGAGAUUGUUGAAGAAGAUUUACUUGAUCCAAAAGGACAAGGAUCCUGGAAAAGCCCAUCAGAUUAAAUUAGAUGUCAUUGUUCAGGCAAUGAAAUGGCUUGAGAUGGAUAUGGAUAUUGAUGAAGUGGAAUGCAUAAUGUACACUCUAAUCAGCAAAAAUCUUGUCAAAGGGUACUUGGCUCAUAAGUCCAAAGUGGUGGUUUUAAGCAAACAAGAUCCUUUCCCUAAAUUAAAGGGCAAUCCUGUUGGUUGUUAG